AUGCCCACACUCAGGCGGUUCUACGCGAUUGAUCCCACCCCUUUUCCGGAGCUCAACAAGGAUGAAAAGCUAGACGUGCGGGCGAUGCAGCGCACGUUCGAGGGCGCGUACUAUCGGUCGGCCAUGGGUCAGUUGGGGUUCGCGCUGCUGGUGCUCAAGGUGUUCAGCGUCAAGUUCAUGCCUGUGGGCACCACCUUCACGGCCUGUGGGAUUCUCAUUUUGGUGGUUGCGCUGCGUCGCAAACGGAUCACGGACCACAUGAUGUAUGAGGAGACGCUUGGCAAUCGGAUCUUCAUCACCAGUGGCAACGCCGUCAUUUGGUUCGCAGCCUUCAGUUUGGCCAGUUAUAUUGUCAUGUUGGUGUUGCUCAUGAGACUGGACUAA